GUGUGGCUUUGUAAUAUAUGUAAAUGUAAAUAUUGUACAUAAAAUGGCCAAUAGACCAGACAGCGGUAAAAUAUCAGAAGCGGCCACUGAAGUUGACGUUGAAACAGUCGAUGACGUCAAUGGUAUGACACGUGAACAAUUGGAGGCCGAACUCAUUCGAGUGAAAACAGAGUACAACGAGAUGCACUCUUUGUUAUCACGUUUGUUCAACGAUGCCGACUCGGAAGCGUUUGAGAUCUUGCGAGUCAAAUUCAACUCGGAUCAAGAUGCGGGAAAUAUGAAACACGAUUCUUCAAAAUUAAAAGGUCUUCUUUCAAAGCAAUCAAAAGACGCUAAUGUUCCGAGCCGUGCUGUUACUUUCAGCCCGGUCAAAACUCAAAUUUCAGAUCGUUCAGGCGAUAAUUUGAAGUUACACCGGGAAGCGACAUUCGUCAAUUUAGAUACGAGUAACUCAUAUUCUCGCAACAUGGAAACAGAAAACGCACUGUCUAAUCGCCUCUGUCAAUUGGACUCUUACCUGGGCAUGCGUGGCAUAACAGAGGGCAGUUCCAGUUCGGCAAGUGUGACUGACCACCGGAUGAUGCGCAUGGUUAGUAUUUCGGACAGCAGUCAGGGAUCCAGACCAGCCAGCUCUGCUGUUGGUUCAAAUACCAGUCGACCACGCUCUGCCUCUCAACCGAGAAGUUCUUUUCAGAGUGUAAAAAACGAAGUUUACAAACCAGAAAAGUUCACUCAGCCUGUUCCUAAGCGUUCGUUCCACGAGAUCAACUCGUUCCUCAACGGCAACAAAGUCCUGCCUAGUCCAGGUGCUCCGGACGAGUUCAACUUCAAGCCAGCCUCCGACGUCUGUUACGAAGAUAUCACAGCUGAUAAAAAUAGCAGGAAACGAGCCGCUGCGAAUGCAAAGGAAAACCCAAAAACCUCACUGGUUCCUCCCAGAAGGGAUCUUCUUAGGAUGGAGGAAGACAAAGAAGGCAAUAAAAAGACGCCGCUUACGACGCAUCAAAAGGGACCAUUGAAAUGGGUAAAUACAAGUGAAACUGGUUCUAUGAGUGCUUACGAUGCUGGAUUUCUGGACGACAAAUCGGAAGCAUUGCCUGGCGGUUAUCCAAGGAAAAUUACACUCAACAAUCAAUGUACAACUGUCCAUAAGAAACAAGGCAGUUUGAAAAAGGGAUUCACGACUAACCAAAAGACUGAUGUAAUUUUGUCGAGGACUAAGUCCGCGGGGGAACGAGUGUCAAGACCCAGGAGUGCAGUUGCUUGUUACACUGAUUUCGUGUAUUCUGUGCCCACUCCGGUGAUCAUGCCAGCAUCUAAUAACGGAGCAGAAACCGGAGGAGGAAGAGACAGCAAAACAUUCCUUCGGCCACCGUUGAAAUCUGCAAUGGACUCAAGGAGCAGCUCAGAUCUGACCGAAAUGCGACAGCAAGUGCUUCGUCCUUCUGCCCGCGAGAACACGCCUACAAGCAAUUUUGGGUCAGCUUCUACUAAUCGGAGCAAAACUGCAACAGGUAUCAUUUCGGAAGGGCAAAUUGAGAUGAAAAUAGCAAAACACAUGGACUCUCUGUCACAUCAGUAUAAAAAUUCAACUCUGGCGCUCCAAAAGAAAAUAGGAGUCACAAUUGAUGGACUUGUUAAGUAACUUCAAUUCUCAUCUGCGUUAUUUUGUCGAAAUAGUUUGAUUUUCAGUCUAGUCGAUCACCACAACCAUGCAAUUAGUUCUGUUUCUAUUGUAAAUUGCUCACUUCUUUCGGCGAGUUUUACAACUUGCCUAAAAUGUAAUAAUUUAAUUGCAAUAAAGAUUUUUAUUGUAAAAUUUCUUAAAAAGAGUUUUGUAUUAAUAUGUCUAGUCUGUACUAGUAGUCAACAUGUGUACCAAUAAAUUGUAUCAAGAGUUGUAUGAUAAACAAUUUUUAAAAAUGUUGCACCAUGACAUGUCAAUGAAGCAGUUGCUUCUGCUGUAUUCAUGUUACCCAGUGUUUCAGAUUCGUGGUGAUUUUAAGUAUAAUAAUUACGCUUGCGAUUAUUGCGAUUAGCAAGCAUUAUCAAAACUGGAAUGUAGACUUUUUCCUGGUUAACAACUUGUUUAACAGAAUCAUUUGAUCACUUGUGU